AUGUCGGCAUUUGCAACUAUUCGAAGGUUGAGGCCACUCAACACGAGAGCAUACAACCACUUGUCUUCAAGGUAUGCGAGCACCGCGACUCUGGAUUUGGAUGACUUUGACGACCGGGCGUCCAAUAAUCAGAAUCCGGUUCCGGACUUCAGCGACGCCCAAUCCGCAUAUCAGGCAAAGAGCAAUGCCGAACUUUUUCGAGCGGCUGCUUGCUUCCGACUCUGUCAGAUUCCAAUUCUAGUCUCCAAUGCCGACCGUCUACUACGAGUAGCCACACGCAUAUCGCCGACGCUUACCGAUAAAAUUCUGAAGCAAACACUGUAUGGCCACUUUUGUGCUGGCGAAGAUCGCGAACGAAUCCAACCAGUGAUUGACAGUUUGAAUAGUUUUGGAGUUGGCGCAAUCUUGGACUAUGCCGCGGAAAGUGACGACCCGGCUUCAUCUGGACAGGUACCAGAUGAGGCCAUUCAGCCUACGUCGGCGGUAGCACGAGAGUAUGAUUAUGAAUCUGAAGCCAAGUGUGACAAACACCUCGACACAUUUUUGCAAUGCAUCAAUGACGUGGCUGCUGGUUCUGAUGAUGGGUAUGCCGCCAUCAAGGUAACAGCACUAGGAAACCCAAAGCUCCUUGCUCGCGUCUCUCAAGCUUUUGAGGAAGCCAAACAGUUGUUUGCCAAGUUUGAUCAGAACGGUGACGGUCUCAUCAGUCGAGAAGAAUUUGAAAAAGGUUACAGAUACUUUUUCACAGUGGACGAAUCGACCCUAAAGAAUGUACUAGAUGAAUUUGAUCCCAAUAACACCGGGACGAUUGACUAUUUCACCUGGUCAAUGAUGUUGCAACCAAAAGAUCUGCCAAAGAUCACCUCGAGUUGCAAAGAAACGGGUCCAUUGGCCAUGGCAACACCAACUGAUGAAGAACUUGAGCUUAUUGAAGCCAUGUACCAACGUGGCUAUAAGCUUGCCAAAGAGGCUGAUCGUGUGGGAACGAGACUUUUGAUCGACGCAGAACAAGUGCGAUACCAACCGGCCAUUGACGGGCUUGUCACAGAUCUUCAACAGUCUUACAAUGACGGUGAAACGACGGAUAAGGCCAUCAUCUACAAUACGUAUCAAUGCUAUCUCAAGGAUGCCUCGGAACGGCUGCAACUCGAUGUGCAGCGAGCUGAGCGUUUUGGAUACCACUUUGGUGCCAAGCUUGUCCGUGGGGCCUACAUGGAGAGUGAACGGGAACUUGCCGCAUCCAAGGGUGUACCAAGUCCCAUUGUAGAUACUAUUGAAGAGACCCAUGCAAAUUAUGACGCUGCUGUCGAUUUUCUGUUGAAGCACAGUGCAGCCUCGAAGUUGGAGGUUGAGUUCAUGUUGGCCUCGCAUAAUCAAGCAAGUAUUGAAAAGGCCAUUGAAUCGAUGAACCGACACAAUAUUAGUCGAAAGUCGCCUACGAUCUGCUUUGCCCAACUAUAUGGAAUGUCAGAUCACUUGUCUUUCAAUCUUGGAAAGCAUGGUUAUCGGGUCUACAAGUAUCUGCCUUAUGGAGAAGUUGGAGAAGUGAUGCCUUAUCUACUUCGACGUGCCAACGAGAACAGUGCAAUCGCCGCUGGAACAGCCUCUGAGCUAACAAUGGUCAAAACAGAGAUUGGUAGAAGACUCCGAAACUAG